CUUACUGCUUGGCUAAACGUUGGCUCAAAUAAAAGCGAUACACAGCUGUAUGCAGUAGUUGCAGGCGAUUUUUUUUUUGGAUAGUUCACAAUCAGUUCGUAAGCUUUUUUAUAUGUUACUAACAAAGUAUUCAUUGCAAGUAUUUUUGUGGUAGAUUUUAUAAAUUCAAAAUAAUUAAACGAAUAUUGUAACUAAACAAAAUGUCUGACGACGAAAAUCCAUGGGAUAUUGGGGAUGAUGCUCCAGCAACGGAAGAAACAGAGGCUGAAACAACUGAUACUCCUGCUACUGGCGCAGCUGCUAAAAAAGAAGAAAAAGUAAAGUUAGAUUAUUCUACAUUAGUUAAAGCACCAAAGCCCAAAUACACACUCCAUUGGGUUCGACCAUUAUUUUUAAACUAUCGUUAUCUGUAUGAAUAUAGACAGAUUUACUACAAUGAUGUGAUUGACUGGAUGAACAAAAGAAAUCGAGGUAUAUGGCGAGAAUUACCAAAUGCUGAAGAGUGGUCUGAGAGAAUGUUUAGAAACUACGAUAUUAAAAACACAAAUAGAAGUUAUAAGCGAUCAGCCGAUAUGCGAUGGAUUACUGGAUACAGGAGUGAACCAAGAUAUUAUAGUUAUCAUACUCGAGCCUAUUACAGUCUCAAAUAUCAACCGAUACUUUAAGAAUUAUACUGACUUGAUCAAAAUUAUGCCAAUAUUGUCAAAACUAUUGUCUAUUAUUUUCAGUUGUUCUCACUUUUCGUAAAUAAAUAUGAAUUGUAAUGAAGAUCGAUUUGUUAUUAGAAAAAAAAAAAAAAAAAAUUUCGAUACGUUAAAAUAAAAGCGAAUAUUUUUCUGCAA